AUGAAGCCCAGCCCAGCAGGCUCCUCCCCAGAGGCCUGCAAAGCUGCAGGCCAGGGCGAGAAGAGCUGCCCUGUCUGCCAGGCCUGGGGAGGAGUCUCAGGCCUGGGGUCUGAGUCAGGGCCUUGGCCGGGAACUGGUGCAGUUUCAGGGCCUACUACUAUUCUAGGGCCUGGGCCAGGGCCUGGGGCCAUGUCAGGACCUGGGCCAGGGCCUGGUGUGGUUCUAGAACCUGGACCAAGGCCUGGUGCUGCUUCAGGACCUGGACCAGGGCCUGGUGCUACUCCAGGACUCGGACCAGUGCGUGGUGCUGUGUCUGGACCUGUGCCAGAAUCUGGUGCCGUUCCAGGACCUGGACCAGGGUCUGGUGCUGUGUCCAGACCUAGGCCGGGCCCUGGUGCUACUUCAGGACCUGAGCCAGGUCUGGGGCCUGGGUCAGGAGCUGGGUCAGUACCUGGGCCAGUACCUGGGCCAGUACCUAGGCCAGGAGCUGCACCAUUACCUGGGCCAGGGGUAGAGCCUAGGCCCAGACGGGGAUCUGGAACUGGCCCCAAACCCAGUGAGCCAGAGACAGCCCCAACACCGGCCCUGCAGCAGAAGACUCAGGCCACACCCGUGCAGGCCCCUCGGCAGAAGGUUCUGGUGACUGGAGGAGGAGGCUACCUGGGCUUUAGCCUGGGUUCUAGCCUGGCCAAGAGCGGCAGUUCUGUCGUCCUGCUCGACCUCCGCCGACCGCAGUGGGAGCUGUCCCCGGGGACUGAGUUCAUCCAGGCCGAUGUCCAAGAUGAAGAAGCCCUGUAUCGUGCCUUCAGAGGGGUGGACUGCGUCUUCCACGUGGCCUCCUACGGGAUGUCCGGUGCUGAGAAGCUGCAAAAAGAGCAAAUUGAGUCUAUAAAUGUUGGAGGCACGAAACUAGUGAUCAAUGUUUGUGUCCGUCGGCGGGUUCCGAGGCUCAUCUACACCAGCACCGUCAAUGUCGUGUUCGGCGGGAAGCCCAUAGAGCAGGGUGAUGAGGACUCUGUGCCAUAUUUCCCACUGGAGAAGCACGUGGACCACUACUCACGAACCAAAGCCAUUGCUGACCAGUUGACCCUCAUGGCCAACGGCACACCUCUCCCAGGAGGAGGCACUCUGCGGACGUGUGUGCUCCGGCCCCCAGGGAUCUAUGGCCCUGAAGAGCAGAGGCACCUGCCCCGUGUGGCGGGCCACAUCAAGAAGAGGUUAUUCAUGUUCCGGUUUGGGGACCGCAGGACACAGAUGAACUGGGUCCAUGUGCGCAAUCUGGUGCAGGCACACGUGCUGGCGGCCGAGGCCCUCACCGCGGCCAAGGGCUACGUGGCUAGUGGCCAGGCAUACUACAUCAAUGACGGGGAGAGUGUCAAUCUCUUUGAGUGGAUGGCCCCACUGUUUGAGAAGCUAGGGCACAGCCAGCCCUGGAUCCAGCUGCCCACUUCCUGGGUUUACCUAACAGCUACGGUGAUGGAGUAUCUGCACUUGGUCUUGAAGCCCAUCUGCAGUGUCCCGCCACUGCUCACCCGGAGCGAGGUGCGCAGCGUGGCCGUGACGCACACCUUCCAGAUCGCCAAGGCCCGCGCCCAACUUGGCUACACGCCAGACAAGUUCCACUUCGCCGACGUAGUAGAGCAAUACGUGAGGUCUACGAGCCGGCGGUCCCGCAGCUCCGCCGCGCGGACGCUCCUACGCCUGCUGCUCGGGCUGCUGCUGCUGCUCGGGCUGCUCGCCCUGGCCCUGCAUGUCCUAGGCCUGCAGCCGUCCGGCGUCUGACCUGCGCCACGGGUCACUGUCUGCUACUACCCAAGCUUCACUUCCGCGCUUGGACCCGCCCCCGAGCCCUAGCCUCGCCCACGCCCCGCCCCCUGGUUUUAGACCCGCCCCCUGCGUCUAGACUCCGUCCCUGCCCUGCCCCCCAGGCUUAGGCACGCCUCUGCUCCGCCCCGCCUCCCAUCCUCUGGUCUUGCCCGGCCUUCUCUGGACUGGCGGGGUUACCGAGGAGGUGGCCGUACAAGCCUCCUCCGCCUUCCAGGCCUUCUCCUCCUGCUCUGCCCAGACCUAGCCCGACGCCGGAUUCUCCCCUGCUCUGGUUCGGCCCUCUUUCUGGCCCUGCCGGCAGGAUUGAGCCUUCCCCUUAGUUUCUUUUUCCGGGACUAGCGUUGUUCUUCCUCCCGGAUCCGGCCCUCCCCUCUCCUACUUGUAAUUCUGCCUAGCCCCGCCCUCUCCCUAUAUGGCUCCACCUCCUCCCCAGCCCCGCCUCCUAGAUGAAUGCUUAGGGCCGAGCCGGAGUCCUCUCUGGCGGGUAAGUGCUGGCGGGUGUGGCGUUUGCAGCUGCUGCCUCUCGGGAGACAUUGUACCCUCUUCACUGCCCAAACUCCUCUCUGUUUGUCCUGAGAUCGUCCUGGGAUCUUGGAAUAGACCCAUUCUAGGAGAAUUGCUUUUGAUCUGCUGCUACCUUGAUGUUUUGGUUUCACUCAGUAUUGCACAUCUCCCUGUGAUGAUAGCCAGGGUUGAGGGGACACCUUGCCGGACCUGACCUUUUUGGGUUUCCGGUUUAUGAGUCUGGGGCUGACCUAGCUUAGUAAACACAGGCUUCUGUAUCAGCAAAGAUCUAAAACAAAACUUUUCAAGGUGAUCAAAAGAUAUAAACUUCCAGUUAUAAAAUAAGUUAUGGUGAUGAAAUGGUUACUAUGGUUACUAAUACUAUAUGACAUAUGUGAAGGUUGUUAAGAGAGUAGAUCUUCAAAGUUUUCAUCACAAGGAGCACUAGGGUGUCAGA